AUGCGCACCCAGGGGGAGGUGCAGCCGGGAGAGCAGCUGCUCCAGAACACGCUCGACGUGUGGAAGGGCCCGUCCAUGAUCAUCACCGGCGACGAUGAUCCGACCGUCCCCACGCAGUCAAGCAUAUACAUCGCGGAGGCGAUGGAGGGGCGGCUCGUGGUAGUGGAGUCGUGUUCCCACAUACCCAUGGACGAGCGAGCAGAGAUUCAUUCAUCCCAUCCCGCCUUUUUCCCCGUCUCCGGCUCGUGUGUCGACGUUUGUGUUGUCAAGGUCUUCUCUUCCGCGGUGCUGAGUUUCGCCAAUAGCGUAGAGGUCGAGGACGCGUGGCAAGCCGUCGGCAGCAGCGCCAAAUCUUGGUGGUAG